AUGGAAGAAUCUGGUAGUGCAUUGUCUGCAAUGCAAGCAUGCGCUCGCCUCUCACCACCAACAUAUCUUGCAGACGGACUGUGCAACAUCUCAUUCUUAUCAUCACUGUCCAAGCACGCAGCGUGCGCUGACAGUGUGAAUGCUACAGGAGAGCGGUGGGAGAAGCCACGCACGGCUAAGAACAUUCCUUCUACCAUCGGUGAUCAUCGGCCCAAACCACUCCCCGGCUCUGCGCAGCGUCCGCGUCUGCUGACACUGAUGCCUGGACACAGGCGCUGA